CUAAAUUAGUUCAAAAUUCAGCACCUGCGUUGUUUGUCCCCGCCUGUGAUCUGGCCACACUGUUUGCCACACGAAAGUCGGACAAAUAAAGGAAAACUUUUGGACAAAUGGGAGCAUCCAGCUAUGAUGUUUUGCGUAAGAGCGCCAGAAGCCUAGAAAAUGAGAUCGACCUGAAGCUGGUGGCUUUCAGCAAAAUCGGAGCUGGCAGCGGCGGAGGCGGUAGCAGUGGCGGCAGCGGUGGUCUGGGAGGUAGCAGUGGUGCCAUUGACACAUCACCGCUCCUGGGCGAGCAUGUCUUCGACUCGCUCUCAGAGGAGAUCGAACAGAUGCUGGAUAAGUUAUCUUCGCUAAACGAGGCCAUGUCGGACCUUCCCGCUUCAGGAGCUGCCGCCAUGCACACCCUCCAAAGACACCGGGAGAUCCUCCAGGGCUAUCGGCAAGAGUUCAACAAAAUCUGCGCCAAUCACACGAUGCGCAUUGAACGAGAGGAGCUGCUCCGCGGCUCUGGGCUGGCCACCAGCUCCGGCAGCCCCUCCAUUUCGGGUCUGAGUCGACGUGAAAUGUACCUGAAGGAGAGCGGUCACCUGAAUAGCGCCAGUCACCUGGUAAACGAUCAGAUCAACAUUGCUAUCGAAACGCGGGAUCACCUGCAUGCCCAGCGACAGGCCUUUAAAAGGCUGCAGACGCGCUUCAACGAUAUCUCUAAUCGGUUCCCGCUGAUUUCCAGUCUCAUUCAGCGCAUUAAUAUCAAGAAGCGGCGCGAUUCGCUGAUCCUGGGCGCCGUAAUUGGUUUCUGUGUGAUCCUGUUGCUGCUCUAUGCCUUCAACUAGCGCCGCCCCAGCCGAGAUUUGGCCAAAGAUAUAUAGAGCUUGCAUUCAACUCCAUUACAGACAAUUGCAACAUUCUUUUGUUUUUAUUCGACGUGGUAUAUGUGUAUGAUUAACUUGUGAUAGCAAUAAAAUGUAUUAUAUAAGACGA